CCCUUGAGCCUAAAGAGCUAAUCCUGAGCUUCACUUCCUGUGGAACCCAAAUUCCUUGGACCCCAACGGCUGAGCAGUGCAGACCUGUGGAGGAACCUUCCAGGGCUUUGCAGCUUGUGUCACUGGUGCCAACCAAAAGAGUUACUCUCAGCUGCACCUUGGCUGCCCACAGGGACUCACCAUGCUGGGCUGCAACCCCUGCAGCUGUGUAACCACCGUGGAGGAAAGCAAGUGGUAUGGAGUCCACUCCUACCUGUACCUCUUCUACGAAGACUGCACUGGCAUGGCUCUCAGUGAUGACCCUGAAGGACCCCCAGUCCUGUGUCCCCACCAACUCUGGCCCUCACUGUGCUGGAAGAUCUGCCUGUCCUCAGGGACCCUGCUUCUGCUGCUGGGGAUAGCAGCUCUGACCACUGGCUAUGUGGUGCCCCCCAAGUUGGAGACCGUCAACAAUACUGACUUGCCGCUGCUAGAUGAGCGGGCAGCCAACUACAACAAGGCCCUGAGCACCUGCCGCCUGGCAGGCACAGCACUCUGUGGGGCAGCUGGGAUCCUGCUGACCAUCUGCCUCUUGUGGGCCAUGUCAGGAUGGCUGAACCCAGACGCCAAGGCAGAGCCCUUGGACACUGAAGCUGAUAGCCAUGUGGAGGUCUUCAGGGAUGAGCCAGGGCAGCAGCUGUCCCCCACCUUCUGCAAUACCAGUGGUCAGUCAUGGUUCUUGACCUCCUUUGGGCACUCCUCUGUUCAGAUCAUCCAGCCCAAGAGGGACUCCUGAGUGCUCCUGUGGCAGCUCAAGGAGAGCUGGACCCCUUCUCCUCCCCAGCACACCUCGCCUUCCCAUUGUCUCCCAACUUCUCCCUCUUAGCAGGGCCCCUUCUUCCCAAGCCCCCAGAAGGCCCAGCUCCAGGUCAAGUCUAGAGCUCAGGUCCCCACACCCCUUCCCCAGGCACAGGGCCCCAACUCUUCCUCCAUGACACCCUAGCUCAAGCCCUCCUGCCCCUCCUCCCCAGGGCCCUUUAGGGGCAGAAGACAUUUCCCUCAACCUCUCCCCACUCUCCUCUCUCUGACCUUGGGCCAUCCCCUUGUCCUUCAGACCAUCACUUCCUGCCUCUUUGACUUCAGACCAGAUCCUAAAGUUCUGUGCUCUUCCUACGCUCCCCGGAUAUGAGAGCUGCCCUCCACAAAAGGAGGGCUCUCAUUCCCCAAGACGCCCCCCAAGAUGAUGUGAAAACAUUUGCCCCACACCGUGGUUCCUACCUGCAUUUUGGCACCAGAGCCCCCCCCCCCAGCCCACCCAUCACGGGCAAUGAUCACCCCAUUUGCAGACCAGGAGGCUGAGGCAGGCUGAGAGAGGUGAGUCCAGCGUCAGUCACAGAGCAAGUCCGUGUAUAGGAACUGGAACCCACCUGGGCCAGCUCUGGUUCUGCAGCUGGAGCAGAGCCCCACACCUUCCUGGUUCACAGUAGGGUCUCGGGGGUAAGGACAGGCUUGGCCCAGCCCAUGUGAGCUGGAUGCCUACUGGUCCCAGAUGGCUACUUUAAAUGAUCUCUAAGAGCCAGGGGACAGGAGAAGUGGGAUGUCUUUGCCCUCGCAAAAUCCACCCUUUAGGCAGCCGUGACCAACUGACCGGAUCCCGCUGACAAAGGCGCCCUCCUGGAAGCACAGCCCCUCCCUCUGCCAGGCUCCCCGCCAGAACCGUCAUCUCUUCCUCUGCCACUAGAGGGCGCCCCCAGCCCGCUGAAGAGACGCGCUCCGGGACGCUGCACUCCCUACCCACCUCGGUCGGGCCAGCCUGCGGGCCCAGGGGAGCCCUUGUGCCCCCUCCCCGACCCCGCCUCAUCCAUCAGAUCCCUUUCAAU